AUGCGGCUGUGCGACAAGAGCCUCCCCCCGGCGGCGCGGCGGCGCUGCGCGGUGCUGCUGGGGUCGCUGCUGCUGGCCGCCGCCUUGGCGCUGCGCGGCGCAACCCGGCCCUGCCCGGCGGGGCACCCGCGCUGCCGCCAGCGCCUCUACCGGGCGCUGGAGCUGUCCCCCGGCAGGAGGAUCAACUGCUCGGGGGUGGUCCGCGGGGACGAGCGAGCCAUCCAGGAGGCACAGCUCAGCAACCUGGAGGUCGCCAACAGAAGGGCUUCCCUGACCCCCGACGAGUACCUGCACAUGGCCAAGGACUGCAGCGCCUUCAAGGAGAGCCGGCGGUUCAUCGAGUUCCCGCUGAGCCAGGAGGAGGAAGAGUUCCCCAUCGCCUACUCCAUGGUCAUCCAUGACAAAAUCGAGAUGUUUGAGCGUCUCCUGCGGUCCCUCUAUGCCCCCCAGAACGUCUACUGCGUCCACAUUGACAGCAAGUCCCCUGCCGCCUUCCAGGAGGCUGUGCGGGCCAUCAUAGCCUGCUUCCCCAACGUCUUUGUGGCAAGCCACCUGGAAGACGUGGUCUAUGCCUCCUGGUCCCGGCUGCAGGCCGACCUCAACUGCAUGCAGGACCUGUUGCAGAGCCCCGUGCCAUGGCACUACAUCCUGAACACCUGCGGCACUGAUUUCCCCAUCAAGACCAAUGCGGAGAUUGUCCGUGCCCUGAAGGUGCUGCAGGGGCGGAACAGCAUGGAGUCCGAGAAACCGUCGGCCCUCAAGCAGGAGCGGUGGCAGUACCACCAUGAGGUGGGGCAGUUUAUCUCCCGCACAGCCACCAAGAAACUGCCGCCGCCCCACAACUACCGCAUGUUCACGGGCAACGCGUACGUUGUGGUCACGCGCGCCUUCGUGCAGCACAUCUUUGAGGACUCCGCUGCGCAGCAGUUCCUCGAGUGGGCCAAGGACACCUACAGCCCUGACGAGCACGUCUGGGCCACACUCAACCGCGUACCUGGUGUGCCGGGCGCCACGCCCGCGAACGACAAGUUCCAGCUUUCGGACAUGAAUGCCCUGCCCCGCCUGGUCAAGUGGCAGUUCCUGGAGGGGGACACCAGCAAGGGCGCACCCUACCCGCCCUGCACCGGCCAGCACCAGCGCUCCGUCUGUAUCUACGGGGUGGGCGACGUGCCCUGGAUGCUCCAGCAGCACCACCUCUUGGCCAACAAGUUCGACCCCUUGGUGGACGACGCCGCUAUCCAGUGUCUGGAGGAGCACCUGCGCCACAGGGCCCUCUACGGCCAGGGGCUCUGAGGGGAGCCGCCGCACCCUCGCGAGCACCUGUCUCCUUCCGCAGCCGCGUCCAGCGGACGGCGCCUCAGGGGCCGCGGGGCAGGGGGGAGCGCCGCGCCGUGAGGCCAGCGGGCGCGUCACCCGCGCUGGCGGAGGGAUAUGCUGGUGCCGGCGGUCCCCCGAGGGAAGCGGGAGCGGCGGAGCGCGGCAGGAAGCGCCCCGCGAGGUGACUCACAGUCGGGACGGGACGGGCGCGGAGCGGGCGCCCAGGGGCCGCUGAGCGCGUAGAACGCCCGGAGCCGAGGGGCGGGCGGUGCCCCGCGGGCGGGCUGCGGCAGGCCGCGCACCGAGCCGCACGGGGUCCCGUUCUCCUCACGCAGCGUGUGGGCAGGCGGGGCCAGGGCACAGGCCGCGGAGGGUCUGGUUCCUGCUACCAGCAGAGCUGAAACUAAAAUAGUUUUCUACAACGCACCUGCUGCCCUGCGCAGCCUAACAGCUGGCAGCUGCUUUUGUAUCACUUUAAAGUCUAGUUUCUGUCAAUACCGUUACAA